UUGACACAACAGAUUCCCAAUCUGAGGAUAACGUGCAUAUAAAUUGCGAGGAUGACGAGUAUACGAAUUGCGACGAUUACGAAGAUGACGUCAGUACAAAUUGCGAGAAUGACGCGAAUUCAAAUAUGAAUGCUGACAGUGAAAAUGAGAAUCUUGACAUUGAAUCGACUAAUGAUAGUGAUGAACAUACUGAUAAUGAUGUCAGUUUAAAUGGAGAAGUCGGUGAUGAUGAUGGCGGUGAUAGCUUUAGUAAUGAUGACGUAAACAGUAAUGAUGAUGACUUCAUUUUGAUAAGUGACAAUGAAACUAACAUAGAUGAAAAUCCAGAUUCUGGUUACUAUGGUGAUAGAUGUCAGAAUAUGUACCAUAUUUGUGAUGGAAAUCCUUGUAAAAAUGGUGGCACAUGUAUCCGUGGAGCUACUUACAAGGACUACACAUGUUCAUGCAGGACAAAUUUGGACACAUGUGAAAUGAAGGUAUCUAAUGAAGAUAAAGUAGGUUCUCAAGCUUCACCUGCUCGAUAUCAACUUUUGACGAGAACUUUAGAACAGUGUAAGGCAAGCUGUUUAUCAGAUAGCCAGUGUAAAGAAGCCUCGUUUAUUGCUAACCAGUUCUGUUUACUGUUUAAUGACAAUCUACAACCAGCUGAUUUAAUAGAUGAAGAUAUCACAGCAGAUGUCCACUUCAAAAAAGAAUGUAACACAGCAUAUGGUGGUGUAAGAUGUGAACAAGAUACUAGGGAUGACUGUGAGAACAAUAAUUGUAAUGAGAACUCACAAUGUAAAGAUGAUAUCAAUGGCUUUCAAUGUAUUUGUCCUGCAAAUGGAGGAUUUUCUGGAAUAAGAUGUGAUGUUGCAAACAGCCCAUGCAAUUCAAACCCAUGUGUACAUGGCACAUGUACUCCCUUUGGAUCUGUGAGAUAUGAAUGUUCCUGCUUUGAUGGUUAUGAUGGUGUAAACUGUGACAACAACAUUAAUGACUGUGCCAACAACCCUAAUGCCUGUGCGUAUGAUGGAAAAUGUGUUGAUCAGGUCGAUAGCUAUAGAUGUCUAUGUAAGUCCGGCUUUGGAGGUACAAACUGUGAGAAUACUCCAAACUUCUGUCUAAGCAAUGACUGUAAGGGAGAUAAUGUAUGUUAUAGCAGCCUGGACAGAAUGGAGGGAGUGUGUACAUGUGACACAGCUCUGUUUGAAACUCGGUAUAGAUGUGAGAUGGUUGUUACUGAAGGAGAAGCAGCUACAGCAGGAGAAAUUGUUUCCAGUAGAAGUGUUAGUGACAUAGAACAAUGUAAAACAGCAUGUCAGGACAAUCGUGAAUGUAUUUAUGCCAUCUUUAACAAUGCUCUUACUCCAAAUUGCCAAAUGUAUGACAGCACCUAUACAGGGGAACAGACGGAAGAUUCUUCAUUUGCAAUUCGAAAAAAUUGUAAUAACAAACCAGAUGUUGGAUAUGCUUGUGACCAGGUUAAAGUACCAUGUGAACUUGUGGAUUGUAAUGAAGGAACUUGUCAAAAUACUAAUGGUAAUCUUGACAGUGUAUGUAGUUGUAAACCUGGUUACACUGGUUCUCUCUGUCAACACAGCAUUGAUGACUGUAUAAAUAAUCAGUGCCAAAAUGAGGCUGAAUGCAUAGAUGGUGACCAGGCAUACACAUGCAAGUGUAAAGAUGGCUUUGAUGGUAGCAGAUGUGAAAACAACAUUAAUGACUGCCCUGGCUCAUGCAACUUAGAAAAUGGUAGAUGUGAAGACAGAAUAGAUGGGUUUAAAUGUAUAUGUAAAGCUGGAUAUGUUGGUGAAAAUUGUGUGACUGAUUUCAAUGAAUGCUCAAGCAACCCAUGUCAACAUGGUGGGAAAUGUACCGAUGGUGAAAACAGCUUUGAAUGUGAGUGCGAGACCGGGUAUACAGGAGACAUGUGUGAAACAAUGAAAGAUAAUUGUGCUGGAAUUCUAACAUGCCAAAAUGAUGGAGAAUGUAUAAGUUUACAAGAAACUUCAUUUUGCAGAUGUGAAGGUGGAGCUACAGGAGAUAAAUGUGAAAGUGCCACCCUCUUGUGUAAAACACUUUCAAACACAGAUGCUUGUAUAAAUGAUGGUGUAUGUGUUAAUGCACAGGGUACAGCAACAUGUGUAUGCCCUGUAGUGUAUGACAAGGACAGAUGUUAUAUGGAGGAAGGAAUGGAGGAGACAGGUGGUGGACAGGUGGUUAAUCCUAAAAUUUCAACCAGAUCUGUAAAUUCUGCUGAUGAAUGUAAGACUUUGUGUUUAAACAACAAUGAAUGCACUGCCGUGUCAUACUCGGAAUCUGGUUCUUUAAAGUUUUGUCAGUUCUAUACAGUUGGUGAAGAAAAAAUUGGUACAGAACUUGGUUCUACACACUACAGAAGAAACUGUCCAGAAGAUUACAAAGGUAAAUCAUGUGAGAUUGUGACAGAUUGGUGCACUGACAACCCAUGUAAGAAUGAUGGACGAUGUAAACAGUUAGAUCCAGUAGGGUAUGAAUGCGAGUGUAUGCCAGGUUACAGUGGUGCUACAUGUGAGAUAGUAGCUGAUCCAUGUGCCAACACUCCAUGUCUUAACAGAGCUGAUUGUCAGGCAACAUCACUAUCAACACAUGAUUGUCUAUGUACAGAAGGGAGGACAUGGAUAGGAACAUCUUGUAAAAAUUCAAAAACAGAUUAUACCAUGUUGGUAAAUGCUGCAGAUCCACUCAAAAAGCCAGCUUCAUUGCAGACAUUAUUCAACUUGAAGACUGAUGAGCUAUCUGUAAUGAUGUGGCUCAGGGUUCAUAUGGUGAACUCAGAAGUUCUAGGCACUGUGUUUGCUUUACUUGCGACCGAGGAAACAACACUACCAGAAAAUGUGGUAUAUGACUUUAGCCUAACAGUCAGUGAGGCUGGAAUUUAUGUAAGAUACGGGUUGGAUGAACCAGUUGGUAUAUCAUUUGUAACUGAGGAUCUUUUUGGAGAUAUUUUAUUUGAUGGAGAAUGGCAUCAUCUUGGAAUUUCAAUGACUAGUAGCGGAAUGUUAUCUGCAUCAUUAAAUUCCCUGCAUGUCCAGAAACCAGUUGACACCGGCCGGAACCUUCAACUUGAUCACAAUGCACAAAUAUAUUUAGGAUAUGGCCACAUUGUUGAGUACAGAGAUGUUGAAGUUUACAAUAAGUUUUUUGAAACUAGUGUGUUUUCUAAGGCAUCUACUGGAGGGGACAGGCCUGAUAUUCCCCCUGUUCAGAGUUUUCAAAAUUACAACCUCUAUCCUUCAACAUCAAUGAGUGAAAAUGACUUGGGGAUCAAUAUUAUAGAGAAUCCAAACUUAAAAGUUCCAACUUUGGAUUGUGAGGAUGUUGAUGAUAUAUAUUACCCUACUACUGAGCGUAUAGUGUCAAUGAGCACAGUAUCUGACCUAGUUAACGCCUAUGAGCAAGUGAAACAAAAUAGCGGAUCAACGCUGGAAUACAUGCACACAAUUGAAUCAACAAUUACAUGGGGAGCUUAUCCUUUGAUAAUCAUUGGCAUGGAUAAAGAUACAAAAAAUUAUGGACAAUGCUCAGGAAGACUUAUCAUUCGAUACAACAGUGCAUGUCCAUUAAUAAAUGAGUUAUUUAGUGAUACUGUGAGCUAUAGACAAUGUUCUGCUGAUAUUGGUGGUUAUUGCGAUGUUAAAUGUAUAGAUGACUCCAAAGUUCUAGCAGCCCCUGUACCAUACUAUAUUACAUGUGGAACACUUGGUGUUUAUGAUUACAGGAUGCCAUCUGCUGAAACAUAUUAUCCAGCAUGUGUAGACACAUCAGCUGUGAAAUAUAAGCUUGUAGCUUCUAUGAAGUAUAAAUUAGAGACAGAAUGUUCUAAAACUCGAGAAAAUAUUCUUGACAUCAUUGAUGAUAGAGUACGAGAUAGCUUUAAGGACGAUAUCAGACCAAAAUGGAUGGGCAUAUGUGUUGACGACACUUGCACUAAUUUGAAGGACAUUACCUAUAAGUGUGAUACAGAUGAUGUUUAUAACGUUGUUGUGGAGUUUUCUCUAGUGUUAACUAGUAUGACUUUAGAAGCAGUAGGAGGUGGUACAGUGGUUAUUGAAAAUGCACUAAAAUUCAUUAUCCGUGAUGAGCAACUUAUAGAUAUAAAGACUGUAUCAGGUGCUGUUUUACAAGUAAAUACUGUUGUCAUCCUCAAAUUACUAGAAUGUCCAACAGGAAACAGACUUGAUAUGAAAGGGGAUCAACCUUUUUGUGUUCCAUGUUCUGUUGGGUACUAUCUGAAUAAUGGAGAGUGUAUGCCAUGUGAUUAUGAUCAUUACCAAGUGAAUGAAGCCCAAACAAAGUGUGAUGCAUGCCCAGAUGGAAAAGUUACAUACCGCAGAGGUGCCAAAGAUAUUGAUGAAUGCAAAGUGAAAUGCCCAGCAGGAAAAUACUAUGACAAGGUUGAAGACACGUGUGUUGCUUGCAUUAGAAAUUUUUAUCAGCAUGAGGAAGGCAGGAAUUUUUGUUUACCCUGUGGCAAUGAGUACAAAACUGAAGCUGAAGGAUCUGAUAGUGAAGAUGAUUGUCAAGCUAUAUGCGAUGCUGGAAAGUUCUUUUCUGGUUCAUCGUGUAAGCCAUGUAAAAAAGGGACAUAUAAAGAGAAUGUUGGUGAUGCUACAUUUGGUGACUGUACUAACUGUCCUGAUGGUAAAACUACCGAGAAUUCUGGAGCAGACAGUGAAUCUUUGUGUAUUUUACACCCAACUUCUAACUUGCCAGCAAUAUUGGGCGGAGCUAUAGGUGGAGGCGGGGCUCUACUGCUAAUCAUCUUGAUAAUAGUGAGAGUGUUCAUGAAAUUGUCCAGAAACUCAGUUUCAAGAGCGACGAGACAUGAGCCGUAUCAUGAUCUAGAGCAUAUUCAGAAUGGAGGAAAUGAUGGAAUUUACGACACUUUAAAUGAUUACAAUGCCAGCCAGGUCGAUCCAAUAACUCCAUACGCCAUUGGUUAUCAAGACCAAAGCUUAGAGGACGAAACAUGCGGAGAUUCAUUUAGAUACCAUCCGAGCAUUAAUGGAGAAGAUCCUGGUCGAAGGGACGAAGAGUCACGCUUGUAGUCAAAUUUCUGGGCACUUACAUGUUUAUCAAUUUUGAUCCAAAGUUUGUGGAUGUUAUAGGGGCAGGAGUUUCAUGUUUAGUUUAGUUUAGUGUGAAUUCAAGGCAUCAGUCUUCUGACACAUUACUCAUUGUUGAAUAAAGAAUUAGAGAAUAAACAAAAUAAAUAUUGUGCCAUAAUAAAAUGGAUUCUGAUUUUAUACUUUUUCGGUAUAAAAAAAUGUAUGUGCCUGAAAAAUUAUUUGAUGCUUUAUCAUGUAUUUAAAUGCAGAAAUGGCAUACAUUCUUUAUAAGGAAAUAUUUUUCACAGAGGCUAUAUUUUCAAUUUUGCCGUUUUGGGCUUUCUUUGGGGAUUCUUUUUUUCUCUAUUGUAUAUAAUUGAUCAAGAACUAAAGGUAAUUUAUGAUUAUUCUUUUUGAAAAUAACAAAACAUAUAUUUAAGUAUUUUUGACUUCUUGUAUAUCUGUUAGUCUUGUAAAUCAUGAUACAGUGUACAUUUUGUGUGUGAAAAAGGAGCUAUAUUCUUGACUGGCAUUGGUUAACUUUUUUCUAUGAUAUUUUUUACUUACAACUAUUAAAUAAACAUAAUAUGUGGA